UAAACUUCCUGUGCACAUGGCGAAGGACGAACAGGAGUGAAAAAUAAAAUAUGUGACUAUUGUACCAUCCCAUAUUUGCUUUAAAAAUGGAUGAGUGAAAUCCCACAAGAAAGAAUGAACGCUAAGAAGGAAGGAACUGAUAUAUUCAGAGACACGCCUGUCCGCUAUUUAGGAUAUGCAAAUGAAGUUGGGGAAUCUUUCCGAGCUCAAGUGCCUGUGAAUGCUGUGAGAUUUAGCUAUAUUGUUGCUAGUGGAUAUGUUGUGGCUGAUGCUAUCCAUAAAGGAAAAGAGGCUUCAGUAAAAACUUGGGAAAAUGAUGGACAGAAAUCAUCACAAGUGCGAUGGGCAGUACUGGACACAUUACUGUGGCAAGGGCUGGCCUCUGUAGUGAUACCGGGCUUUACUAUCAACCGGAUAUGUGCUCUUAGUGCAUAUGUACUGAGAAAGAAUUCCCAGCUUCCAAGUACAACCAGGAAAUGGGCUACCACAAUAAUUGGACUGGCCUGUAUACCAUUUAUCAUCAAACCUAUUGAUAUGUCUGUGGAUGUUCUAAUGGAGAACACAGUACGGAGGUGGUAUCAUAUAGGACCAGUAAUGGAAACUGUGGUUCACCAUGACCGAAAUGAUUAAUUUUUUAUACAGCUAUUAUUACAAGAAAUAUGGAAUUUUCUUUAGUCUUAAAUCAGUUUGAUGCAAGACUAAUGAAAGUUUCACAUACACCUGUUCCAGGGAAUUUUAUUGUAGCUUUAUAUGUUUUUUUCUAGUCCAAUCUAAUAAUUACCAAGGCUUUUUUCUGAAAGCUGCCAGCAAAACCAGUUUUUUAAUUCCUGUAGAAAAUAUACAAUGUUAAGUAUGUGUGAAUUUAAUUUUUAUACCCAGUGUUGAUGAUUUAAAUAAAAAAUGAUUAUGCCAAAAUUAACAAAACAGUAAUUUACAACAAUUUUCCUCAAACAGUAUAUACAGUAUAUAUUUAUAAUAAAUGUUUUAAACUUUAAUUUAAGUUUCUAUAGAUUGAAGAUAAAUGUAUAUAUGUAUAGUGGAGAGCUCAGACUUGAAAAUGUAGCCUUGUAGUAGGGCAUGCCAAAGCUAGAGAGAGAGGUUGAUAGUUUAUUAUCCAGUACGGAGCAAUGUGUAGUUACUUGCAUGUUCCCAAUGAUAUAAGCUGGAUUAAAUCCAUGUAAUAAUUAGUAUGUAACGAUGAGAUGGUAAUAUUAUUGAUUUUCAUUGAUCAGAUAUAUACAUUUGAAGAAGUUUUAUUUUAAUUUAAACAUUUUUUAGAGUUGAUAUAUCACUGAUUAUCAACUAUUUCUUUAUGUUUUAAUGGAAGAGGAAAAAAUACUUUCAUAGAAUUUCACUGUUUUCAAGUAUUAAUACAAUAUGUAAACCCUGAGAUUAUCUAUCUGUUAAAGUGAUAUUCUGCACAAGUAGUAAAAUCUGUGGCUCUGGUUAAGAACUCUGUAAAGACUUAAAACUAUUGUCAACAUUACAUGUAUGUAAAGUAUUGGGUAAAUACACAAGUAUGUGUACUAUAAUUUCUGCUGGGGUUCGUUGAAAUGUCAUUGCAUUGUUAGGCUGAUCGUUCCUGUUUAUUUGUGAUUUGUGUGUACAAAUAUUUCAUACUGUUAGGCAAACAAGGCAAACAGUUGAAGCAAAGUGAACAUUUAUAAAUCAAUCUAGAUAGAUUUAUAAAGAAUUUCUUUAAGUUAGGUAUCAUAUGUUUGUUUAUAUGGUGAAUUGAGGCAUAAAAUACCUACAAGAUGCUAUUGUACACAUUUUAUAAAACGUAUAGAAUGUUCUUUAAGAGGUUUAUCAAUUCACAGUAUUUGCAUCAUAACUAACAUUAUAUGUUAUCAAUAUAUUUAGAAGAAACAAUACUCAUAUCAGUUUUAUAUUGUGAAUGAACAUUAUUUAUUCGUAAUGAGCCUAUCGGCAUUGUAUUCUUGGCACUGAUCUAUAACAGACUGGUAUUAACAAAACAGUGGACCAUAAAAUUAUUAAUCAAAGAACCAUCCAUAUUAGUCAAUCAUUAAUCAAAUAUAAAUAAUUUUACAAAAUUAAGGGCAUGAUUUAAAUAUAUUGAUUUUUGAACUUUCAAAAAGCAUCACUAUUAUCACAGUGUAACAAUGCUUUUCAGUCCAUCUGAUUGUAUAUGCAUGUCUGUUUUUUAAUGUCUGACAUAGUUCGAGUGUCUCUUGGUUCUCUGGCACCUGAUGGAACUUUGAUCAUAUAGUUAUUCUGAUGUUUUGUAACAAGUUAGUGCAACAAUAUCAAUUGUAACAAGUUAGUGUAACAAUAUCAAUUCGAAACCAUUUUUUCCCAGAUUAGAUUAUAUAAUUAUGUAUGUUCAGAAACAGUAUUUCCCCAAGAUUGAUUUCUACACCAUUAUAGGUAUUUUAUGUUUUCAGGGAAAAAAUAAAUUUACAAAUGUAAUAUGUAGUUUUAAUCACUGGAAAUUUCGAGACAAUUCAAAUAAUACACACAUGCACUUAAUUUAUUACCACUUGAGUUGUGUAUUUUAGAUCAACUUUAAUAUUUUAAAUUAAAAUUUGUGGAGUGGUUUUGGGGAUUUUUACAUUUUGUUUAUGAAGUGUUUCUUACGGGUUAUGUUAUUUGUGACAAAACAAUUUGUCCCUAAGACGAGUUGUUAUUUAAGAUAUAUUGUAAGGUUGUACAGCAUUACAAAUGGUAACAUGGUAUACUCAACUUUUUUUCUCAUUUUUCAGAAAUUAUGCAUGCUUAUGGUAUCUUCCCUUUUGCUAAAGCUAGUUUUCAUAUUAUAUUUCCAGGUCGGGACUAUAUCAUAUCAACUUAUGUCACAUGAUCAGCCUUUUAUCCAGUGAAUUUGCCCAAGUUUUUUUUUUAACAAUACUACCUGGUAUGUAAUGUUUUUCAUUGGCUGCACUUGAUGCAGUCAUAAAUCAAUUUUGGUGUGAUAGUAUGGAUAAUGACAUUAUGUCAAAUUAUGAAUUGGAAAUGGUGCAAAAAAGUGACUUGUGUAAUAUCAAUUGCCUAUUAGCUUCACUUUAGGGACAUAGAUGUGUAUAGUUUUGCUUUUUUCUGCUUAUUGUGCAGUCAAUUGGUUUAAUGCACAGGGGCUUGGCAUUACUAAUGAAAAAUCAAUCCCAGAGUCUACCCCAUAUAAAAUGUAGAUCACUAAUUACCCGGUAUCAAGUACUGUAACCAUUAACACAAAGGUGUUGCCUGCUAGAUUACUAAUUAUCAAGUGAUCUAGGGGUUGAAAGGUAGUGUUAUUUUUUUUUAAUUCUUGGCCAUAGGAACGAAUCAAGCCCCUGUGGUUUAAGCAUGCAUAAUAGUUGCAGCAUGUUGUAACACUUACCAGCAAUGUAUUAAACUUUUAUCCUAAGCAAGGGGAAAGAACUCGUUUAUUAAGAAAAUGUGAUUGUUGGGGAAAAUGAUGGUCUUGUUACAAAUAAUUUUGUAUGGCUGGAACAUUUAUUGGUGAAAUAUCUAUUGUUCCUGUUUCAUUUUUAAUGAUUAAAAAGACAACAAAACUAUGCUCACAUUUCUAGUUUUCAAAUCUUCACAUACAUGCAGUACUGCAUAAUUGUGAGGUAUAGUUUUUCAUUUAAGCAUUAUUUUUUUAGAUACGCAUGUAAAAACUAUGAAGGUACUUAGGAUAAGAACAUGUUCAUGGUAUGUCAGACAUUAAUUAAGUUGAUUCCCCAGAUUUUCUUAUGUUGUAUUGGAAUUGUAGAAUGAAUGAAAUGUAUUAUUUAUGCAUAGGACUUUUGGUUAAUUUGUUUUUUUAUAACUGUGAUGUUGUUAAUAAUUUUCAUUAUGAUAUGAAUAAAGUUGGUUUUGUUAAUAAUCA